AAGAAAGAUGAACCCAUUUGGAAGAAAAAAAGUAUUUUUUUUGAGUUACCGUAUUGGGAGCAUAAUUUAAUUCGUCAUAAUCUUGAUGUCAUGCACAUUGAGAAAAAUGUUUGUGACAAUGUGCUUUGGAUAUUGUUAGGUGUUCCUGGAAAAACCAAGGAUAACUUGAAGGAUCGACUUGAUUUAGAAGAAUGGGGGAUUAGGGAGGCCUUGCACCCUCAAGAACGGGGUUCUAAUAAGGCAUUUUUACGUCCUGCAUGUUUUGCUAUGAAUAGGGACAAUAAAGAUGUCUUCCUACAAACAUUUAAAAGGAUGAAACUUGUUGAUGACUAUGCAUCCAAUAUAUCUCGACGUGUGCACUUGAAAGAGCGUUCAAUGUGGGGUCUCAAGAGCCAUGAUAAUCAUAUAUUGAUGCAGCAAUUACUUCCUAUAGCUGCACGAAGAGCAUUACCUAAAAAUGUUGUUGAAGCAUUGAUUGAAUUGACUAAUUUCUUUAGGCAAUUAUGCUCUAAAGUAAACAAACCAUCUGAUUUGGAAGCAAUUCAGGAUAGAAUAGCCCUUACACUUUGCCACCUUGAGAAGAUCUUUCCAAUGUCAUUCUUUGAUAUAAUGGAACACCUACCUAUUCAUUUAGCUGAGGAAGCGUUGAUUGCAGGACCUGUACAAUUUCGAUGGAUGUAUCCAAUUGAGAGGUUUUUACUAACACUAAAAGAAUACGUUCGUAACCAUGCACAUCCCGAAGCGUCAAUUGCUAAAGGGUACUUGAUGGAAGAGUGCAUGACAUUUUGUGGGAGAUAUUUGGAUGAAGUAGAAACAAAGUCCAAAAGACCAGAGAGAAAUUAUAAUGGUGGUACUGAUUUUGGUCGUCCUUUAGGUAAAAAAGUUAAAGUAAGCCUUGGUGAUAUUACACGAGCGCAAGCACAUAGUUAUGUGUUGGCAAAUAGUGAAGCAAUAGCGCUAUUUCGAAAGUAA